GACCUGUAGAGGGCAGCAAUGCACUAACCAUAUCAGCACAAUACAUCAGCCCGAAGAAGAAGAUCCCUCAUGCAGCUCUGUAGAGUCAUCCAGCCUGUAAUAAAAUGCCUUUAUUAUUAAUGUGCGGUUACCCGUGCAGUGGUAAAACCCGACGAGCCAAUGAACUGAAAGAAUACUUCACGCAAAAUACUAAAAGAAAGGUUCAUAUAGUCGGAGAUGAAGACCAAGGAAUUGACAGGAACUCUGUGUACGCAGAUUCACAGAAAGAGAAGAAUCUGAGGGGAGCACUGAGAGCCGAAGUGGAGAGGAAAGUCAGUAAAGACGACAUUGUGAUUCUUGAUUCCUUGAAUUAUAUUAAAGGCUACAGAUAUGAGCUGUUCUGUCUUAUCAAACAUGCCCAAACACCCCAUUGCUUGGUUUACUGUUUGACGUCAACUGAGGUGAGCUCAGAAUGGAAUAAAGGCAGAGAGGCUGAUUCUCAGUACACACAGGAAAUUCUUGAUGCGCUAAUACUGCGUUUUGAAGCCCCUGAUUCAAGGAAUAGAUGGGAUAGUCCACUCUUCACUAUUCAGCAAGAGGACUCGCUUCCAUUCGAAGCCAUCUGCGAUGCGCUUUUCAAAAGAAAAGCACCGCCACCAAAUCAGUCCACGCAGAGCCAACCGCUCUCAUCCACAAACUUUCUGUACGAGUUGGACAAAGUUACUCAAGAUGUCCUAAUGGCUGUUCUUGAGUCACAGAAGACCAGCGUCCCUGGAGAUCUUAUUUCCAUUCCCGGAGCCACGGAAAAGAUUGAACUCACAAGAAGUCUUAACAUGGUGGAGCUGAGGAAACUCCGACGGCAGUUCAUCAGUUACACCAAGAUGCACCCGACAGAGAACAUUGGACAGAUUGCCAAUAUGUUUGUGCAGUAUCUUAAUAAGAGCAUGCACUAACAGGUGUUUUUUCAGUUUCUUUUUUUUGUAAUUCUUAAGGUCAUAUUUAUUGUCUUCACGUUUCAAGCAUUUUAACAAUGUUUUGAGCGCAAUAAAAUUUGAACUCUUUUAA